GGGUUUCCUUACUCCUUUUAUUCCAUUUAAUAUUAAAGAAAAUGGUGGAACGAACCUUUAUUGGACAUCGGAUAGCAAUAAUUGCAUCACUCUCAAGAAUAAAGAAAAAAACGAUCCAAACCAACUGUGGAAGCUAAUCGGCACUAAUACAUCUAGCGCGUACUUAAUUGCUAAAUACAUACCCGGACCCAAUGGAACGGAAAUGUGCGUCACUUGGAUUCAAUCUCAAAAUUCCUUUCAAAUAAAACCUCAAAAUUCGGAUGAUACUAAACAAUAUUUUAGAUUUGAACAAGUAUUGGGUGGGAAUAUUACAGCCAUUUGUUCUGCAGAUGAUAGCUCCGUAUAUGCGAUGCAUUCAAACAACUUAGUUGGUUCCGGAACAACAGAUACUAAAUGGUACUUUACGACAAUUAGAUCAACUGUAAAAUUCAAAUCUUACCCAUUUGGAAUAAAUGAAAAUAUGAAAACACCUCAAUUAACAAUUAAAUCAAUACGAAAACUCCAUUAUUACGAACAUGAAAUGAACGAUUAUGAGGCAAAUUCUCCCUAUGAAGUAGAGGUAGAGGAAGAUAUUGAGUAUGAAAACAACGAAAAUGUCGUUUCUAAUUUAAUUUGGUUUUUUGCAAAUGCUGACUAUGAUGAUAUCAAAAGUGCUGUGUACAAUCUAGAAGCUCCUAUUUAUGAGUAUUUCAGUAAGAAUAUAGGAAAAAAAGUUGUGGUACCUUUAUUAAAUAAAUGUAUGAUAAAUGGACAUAUCAUUUAUUCGAUAAGAGGUACUGAGGACGUUUUACAAGCUAUUCAACAAUGA